AUGGCAGCUCCGAAAAUUGCCGCCCGGACUGUGGAUCCCGCGUGCCCGGUCACCUACACCACAACAUUCGUCGAGACGCUCAGCAUUAUCGCGCCUACGACGACCGGUCCGUUCGAGACCACGACGAUCACGGAGACUGAGGUCAGUUAUCCUUUGGCGACGACAACGGAGGUUGAAUCGAACGGCGAAACGACGUACACCGUGACUUACACGUAUACGAAUUUCUUUGGCGACCCGCCGUACCCGAGCGAUUGUUACUCUUCUUGA